AUGGUCGAUGCUGACUGCCACGUCUACCGACCAAGGCAGCAGGGAAUUAACCAAAAACCAACAGAAGCGUCAGGCCUCGGCAUCCCGCAGACUAAAUAUGGCCUAAGUUUGAGAAAAUUCAAUGAGGAAGAGGAAGCUUAUCAUGGAGAAGAAGAAGAUGGUGAUGGUGGUGGUGGUUAUGAUGAAAUUGUCUCCAAAGAACUGCCACCACGUUUGGAUAUGAAUAAACUGGUGGAGCAAUUAAUUUUUCUUGUUGGCUUCGAAAACACAGGUGGUAGGGUGGUGCGCGCCCCUCCGCAGUGUCGGCGACAACCGCGGCAGCUCCUCGCUUCCCCCGUCCCCGCCGGAACCAGAUGUGUGCCCGCGCCCGGCCCGCCCCCGCCUCAUCUCCCAGGAAGUGACGACAAAGCGCGGCCACUGGCAGGUGCCCUUUGUCCGCGGCCGCCCCCGCAGAUGGGGCAGAAAGCUUACGUGCGUGACGGGGAACUCCCGGCGCCGCACAAAAGACCGCCACCUGCUGAGUCUGCAGUGGAAAUGGGGGAGCUAGGAACGCCCGAGCCUGCCUUUGUUGGCGCCGCGGUGCUACACACACCGCUUUCACCGCCGCCGCCGCCGCCAUGUUUGCCGCGGCCAGAGGCCGCCUUGCGUGAUUUCAUCGGAAAUCUCUCCUCUCCUCUCCUCUCAUGCCCUCUGCUAUCCACUACGGCCAGUGCGCCCGCAAUGGAGCGCGAGUGGCUUGGCUGCCCGGCCGCGUGCUGCCUCGCCAAUCAGCCGGACUCUGCUCUUUGCCGUCCCUACUCUGAGCGCGAGCCGCGGCGCACGCAGAGAACACCAGCAGACGCUGUUUAA